AUGGUGCAGGCCAGUCACCCGACCACCGAGUGGACCAGUCUGCAAGACAUCUUCUAUCGACGCACCGAGCUCUACGCGCUCAACUGGGGCAUCGACAACCUCGCCGACUACGUCGUCGCAGCAUCCAGCAACGGCGGUCUCAUUGCCUUGAUUCGUGAUCCAACGCGUCUGGUAUCGCUCGGAAAGGCCUCGCUGCUCAAGCCAAAGAUCCUCGUCUACACGGCAGCAGGUCAGCUUAUCGAAAGCAUUCCCUGGGACCCUUCUCUCCGUAUCAUCGCACUCGAUUUUAACGCACUCGAACAGCUCGUGGUCGUGCUAGAAGAGGGCAACGUACGACUCUAUACCCUUCUGUCACCAUGUCCUGUAUCAGGUGAUCCUGCAUCUAGCACAUCUUCUUCACGCAAUCGCCCACUCCCCAUCGAAGCGACCUCGAAUUCCUACUACACACAGCACUCGCUUGGCACAGAGGCGACAGAGACGGGCAUUUUGGAUGCUCGCAUCUGGGCAGGCGGUCUCGUUGCAUUUGUCGGAGCAAGACGAUUCGUAGAGUGGCGCUUUCCUGCUCUCGACGUCGAUGCAGAUGCGGGCGAGUAUGCUGGCGCCAUCAGUCUCAGCGGUGGAGGCGACUAUGGCUUUGCCUUGCCUUCUUUUGAUGACGAUGCUGUUCGGGCGCCUGCUCCGGAGCUGCUUCCGCCCUACGACCAGUCAACAUCGUCCGCGGCCAGCUCAUCCUCCCUUCCUCCAUCCUGGGCUGUCGUACCACCAAACGUCUCACACUCCGGCCUUACAACAGUGCUCAUCGCCCAAGGCCCAACUCUGCUCUCGCUGACACGCUCAGCUGCGGGUCCAUCCUCCAUCGAUACCGCCUGUCAGGACAUGCGUCUAUCUCGUGGCCCUUUCCAUGCCGUACGCCCCUCGCCCAACGGCAAGCUUCUCGCCCUCUUGACCGCCGAUCUCAUUCUCUGGGUCGUCAGCUCCGACUUUUCACGCAGUCUCAGCGAGUUCGACAUUCGCGCCAGCGAGGCAUAUGAAGAUGCCACUCCCAUUGAUGAUGCGUUUCGAGCUGGUAGCACAGAUCCCGCGUCGGCAGGAUCCAGCAAAGGCGGGAUUGGCGGCAGUGGUGUUCGCGAGGUGCAGUGGUGCGGCAACAACACCAUUGCGCUCUCUUUCAACGACGAAGUGGUCAUGGUCGGACCCUUCGGAGACAACAUCCGCUAUCCGUAUUCUGGGCCCACCCAUCUCGUCGGCGAAGUGGACGGCGUCCGCAUCAUUGCUUCCGACCGACAUGAAUUUCUCCAAAAGGUCUCGGAUGUGUCCAGCCGCGUCUUCCGCCCGGGUUCCAAUGACCCUGCCGCUCUCCUCUUCGAGGCGGCCGAGCAAUUCAGCGCAAAGAGCAGUCGCGCAGACGAAGGGAUACGUGCCAUCCGUAGCAGCCUUCCCGAUGCCGUGGACUGCUGUCUCCGAGCAGCCGCCUAUGAGUGGGACCUGACAUGGCAGAAGCGCCUCCUCAAAGCCGCCUCCUUCGGUAAGAGCUUCAUCGAGCUCUACGACCCCACUUCCUUCGUUGAGAUGGCAAGGACGCUGCGUGUCCUGAAUGCCGCUCGCAACUACCAAAUCGGCAUCCCCAUCUCGUACGAGCAGUACGUCGCAGCAGGUCCAACAGCGCUACUGUCACGACUGACGGCACAGAACCACCACUUUCUGUCGCUCAAGAUUGCUCGUUUCCUCCAUAUCAGGCCUGACCCCAUUCUCAAGCACUGGGCGAGGGCCAAGAUCGCCCGAACCAAACCGGCGCUAGGCGGGUCAGGCUCUGCCAUCUCGGCAGCAGAAGAGCGGCUCUGUGCGGAUAUCGUGCACAAGUUUCGCAUUGCGACAACGCUCAAUGAGCGCACUGGCGAGCUGGACGGUGCUGACGAAGAUGCGAUUGGCGCUCUCAACGGUGGCGACGCGGAUCCGUCCACCAAAAGCAACGCAUUAAUAUUGAGCGAUCGCGGUGCGUCAGUCAGCUUCGCCGAGGUCGCAUGGACAGCAUGGAAAGCAGGCCGAGGCAACCUCGCCACGCGGCUGCUGGACCACGAGGCUCGCGCCAUCGACCAAGUCCCCCUGCUGCUCAACAUGCGGGAAGACAAGCUCGCGCUGGUCAAAGCGAUCGAGUCAGGCGAUACGGAUCUCAUCUACCACGUCCUACUGCGGCUCAAGAACCAGCUCUCGCGCGGCGACUUCUUCCGCAUCAUCCAAGCGCCCGUCUCGGACGCGACCGUCAGCAGCAACGGUCGCAUUUCGCGGCAGUAUUUGUCAUUGGCAUCCAACCUCCUCGAGGCGUAUGCGAAAGAAGUCGAUCGCGAUCUGCUUAAAGACUUCUACUACCAGGACGACCGGCGGACGGAUUCGGCCAUCCUAGCGCUGCAAGAGGCCAACUCGAUGCAGAACGUCGAAGAGACCGAACUGCCCGAACAGAUCUUCAAGCUCAAGACGGCGAUGAAGUUUUUCGGCGACGACAAGGAGCGCGUGCUCGAGGCCAAGCUGGUCGACGAGCAGAUUCGCCUACUUGCCUUCCAGUGGGCCGUUCAGAAAGAGGAUGGUGGGAGAAGCACCUUCACCGGUUUGUCGUUGAACGAGACCAUUCGCCAGCUCCUGUUCCGCAACAUGGCCAAGAAGGCCGAAAAGCUCCGGUCUGACUUUAAAGUCCCAGAUAAAAGGUAUUGGAACAUCAAGCUGGACACGCUGGUGCAGAGCAAGGAUUGGGAUGGACUUUGGAGCUUCGCCCAGUCCAAAAGGUCACCGAUCGGAUACACGCCGUUUGUCGUCAAGCUGGUGGAGCACAAUCACGUGCAGGAGUCGAUGCGCUUCGUGCCCAAGAUCCAGGAUAAGGCGGAUCGCAAUGCGUUCACCGCCUACGUGGCAAGGCUGCCCAAUCAGGCGACGGCGAACCAGCUCAUGGAUCGCUUCAACGAAUGA